AUGUCCACCGUCGGAAAGACCAUUACUUGCAAGGCCGCCGUCGCCUGGGAGGCCGCUAAGGAGCUGAGCAUCGAGGAUAUCGAGGUCGCUCCUCCCAAGGCCCACGAGGUCCGCAUCCAGAUCUAUUACACCGGAGUCUGCCACACAGAUGCCUACACCCUCUCCGGCAAAGACCCCGAGGGCGGCUUCCCCGUGGUUCUGGGUCAUGAGGGCGCCGGUAUUGUCGAGUCCGUCGGCGAGGGCGUCACCAAUGUAAAGCCUGGCGACCAUGUCGUCGCGCUCUACACACCCGAGUGCAAGGAAUGCAAGUUCUGCAAGUCCGGCAAGACCAACCUCUGCGGCAAGAUCCGUGCGACCCAGGGCAAGGGCGUCAUGCCCGACGGCACGAGCCGGUUCCGUGCUCGCGGCAAGGAUCUCCUGCACUUCAUGGGCACCUCCACCUUCUCCCAGUACACCGUCGUCGCCGACAUCUCCGUCGUCGCCGUCCAGCCCGAAGCCCCGAUGGACAGGACCUGCCUGCUCGGCUGCGGCAUCACCACCGGCUACGGCGCCGCCCGCAUCACCGCCAAGGUCUCCGAGGGCGACAGCAUCGCCAUCUUCGGCGCCGGCUGCGUCGGCCUGUCGGUCAUCCAGGGUGCCGUGGCCAACAAGGCGGGCCGCAUCAUCGUCGUGGACGUCAACCCCGGCAAGGAGGAGUGGGCACGCAAGUUCGGCGCCACCGACUUCGUCAACCCCAACGAGCUGAAGGGUCAGUCCAUCGUCGAGAGGCUCAUUGAGAUGACCGACGGCGGUUGCGACUACACGUUCGACUGCACCGGCAACGUCAACGUCAUGCGCGCCGCCCUCGAGGCCUGCCACAAGGGUUGGGGCGAGAGCAUUAUCAUUGGCGUGGCUGCCGCUGGCCAGGAGAUCAGCACCAGGCCAUUCCAACUGGUGACUGGCCGUGUGUGGAAGGGCUGCGCCUUUGGCGGUGUCAAGGGUCGCACCCAGCUGCCGGGCCUGGUGUCGGAUUACCUGGACGGUGCGCUUAAGGUGGACGAGUUCAUCACCCACCGCAAGACUCUACCGCAGAUCAAUGACGCCUUCGAGGUGAUGAAGUCGGGUGACUGCAUCCGGGCCGUCGUCGACAUGCGGGAUCUUAGCGCUUGA